AUGAAUAGGGUCGGGCCUGGCUGUGCUGGUGGGGCCGAUUUCCUUCUGCGUCUGCCGGUAAAGUCAAGGAGUGACCCUGAGCGCCUUCAAAGUUCAAACAAGAUUGAUUACCUUAGCAUGAAAAGACGAUUCGCAAUAUGUUUUUGGUAUGGUGCCCAGUUGGAGGAUGAUACAGAAAUGUUCCCAGAAAAUCAAUGUGAAGCCAAAAAAGAUAAUAAUAGCAUUGAUACUCACAAACCGGGUCAACUUAAUGUUGAGAGAUGCAGCUGGGGUAACUUUGUACAGCAAUUUUGGAUCAAUUUGGAGCCAUUUGGACCAGGGGAUGAGGGGAUGAGGGGGCGAAGUAAAAUAGUUUAG